GACACACACCCCAAGUGGCGGCCUCCGGAACCACAGUCGCGCUCCUCGCGGCCCCGAUUGCCGAGCCGCAGUGCACUUGUCGGCCCGCCCGCAGCCCCCAGCACCCGCGCCCAACGCCCGAAGGGUCCACCUGCGCUCAGAUUCCGGCGGGAGCCAGGAUUAUCCCCUAGGCGUCUCUUCACCACAAGAAAAGAUUGGCUGUAAUCCUCAACGUCUGCAUCAUUGGAAUGGAACUCUCAAACACUCCAAGGUUCGCGCACGCGGACUGGGCCCGAUAGGGGCCUCGCCAGGGUGCCAUGACCAGUCUGCUGGACAACCUGGACUGCAGUAGCGACAGCGAGGACAUCAACCGGUUGUUCCCGAAGUGCCGCAGCGGCGGCAGCACGCUGAGCGCUGUCGGCGGCGUCGGCGUCGGCGCCACCGGCAACAAACUCCAGAGUAACCCUGACGUGAACCUGAACACGCUGCACGAUGACUGCAACGAUAACCGCGUGCUUUCGCUGGUGAUGAGCGGCGGCACCGACGAGCACGACCUGGCGCCGCCAAACGCGGCGCCGCCCUCCAACCUCAACGGCCUCGUUGACGCUGACGACGAGGAGACCGAAGAGGAGGACGACGACAUGCAGGACGAGUCGCCGACCGCCUCUGGCGGCGGCUCGCCGCCCUCCUCCUCCUCCGCUGCGAUUGCCGCCGAGGUGCCCAACGGACGCAUCAAGUACCUCCGCGACUCACGCAUCGAGAUCGCGGGUGGACGAGAACUCUACUCGCAGAGCAAGAGCAAGGCCGGACGCGCCAAACGCUUCAACCAGGACGACAGCCUUGUCGCCGCAGCAGCUGCUGUUGGCACCGUUCAGGCCUCUCUGGGCAGCGGUGGCCGAGGCGGCGUGUGGGAAGUGCGCGGCGGCGGCGGGGGCCGCGGCAGGCGGUCGACGCACGCGCAGCCGCCGCUGGAAAUGGUGACCGAGACGGUGUUCUCAACGGAGGUGCGUUCGAUCAGGCGAGUGUCGGACGCGUCGAGGUUCAGAGCCGGCGGCCAGCAGCAGCAGCAGCCGGUCGUGUACGAGGCGCCAACCACCCCUGGGGCGGCUGAGGUGGUCGUCUUUGACGACAUCGGCGACUGUCUCGAACAGCCGCAGCACCACAGCCGAGCGCACCAGAGCAGCCGCCACCACGAAGACGACUCAGGCUCCAGCUCCACCGGCCGGGACACUCCGCCGGCUUAUCACAGGCCACCGGCAGACUUUUUCAAGGUUCUUGGUCCAAGCGGAUCGGAUGCAGACACUGACCCUUUGUCCCCUGAGAGGUCGAGAGCGCCGCGGGUGAUAGGAGGCCUGCCCAUCGCCGAGUACGAGGGCUCCCCGCGGCGCUACGGCCCGCGCCAGUUGUCCGACUCGCCCAGCAGCCAGCAGCAGCAGACGCCGACGGGGCCGCUCAUCUCGGGCCUGCCCAGCGCACAAUCCCUGCUCUCCUCGCCCUCCGUGUUCCCGCCCAGGCCCGGCUUCCCGCAGCGCGUCCUGUCUAAGGACGAAGACGACGACGAGGAGGAGGAAAAGCAGGAGAGUCCGAAGCUGUUCCCGAGCGACUCUGCGAACGCGGCUUUUGACUAUUUGUACGAGUUUUCCGAGACGCGCAAAGUGCUCGAGGAAUUCUUCAAGCCGAGUUCGCCGCUGCCCAUCGAGGUUGACUUCGCCGAGCUCGACUACAACCUGCACCGACAGGCGGGAAACUCGUACGUGGGCCAGCGACUCGCGGCCAAAGACGGCCCCAGCGAAGAGCCGCCCCCAACUUCGUCCCCCCGAACGCGAAAGUCCGGAGGCACCCCUGACCUCAUAUCACUGAGAGACACCGAAGAACCGGUCAGCGCCAUCUCGGAGGCCAUCUCGCCCAACCGGACGCAGAGUCUGCUCACCCAGGAGUUGGAAAUCACGUCGAACCACGCUGACGAGGAUCUGGCGGAAACCGAGAUCGGACUUCAGGUAGGCCACUCGCGCAACUUCACCCUCUCUCCCGAGACGACCGACUGCGACUCCAAUGAUAUUGAGAGUGAGGUGUCCCUCGAGAACGAAGGGUCGAUGCACUCGAGCGGCGGAGGCCGUCUCUACGGCAGCAUGCCGGUCCUCGAGGACGGCCUUUCCUCGGGCCACGCGAGCGACGGCGAAGACUCGGUGCCCCCGCCGACCGUUCCCGGCGACGCCAACCCAACCAUAAUGUUGAUGAAGAAACAAAUUUGUGAAAUCGAACGCGAAAUCCGCAGCCGGGCCGGCAACACCAAGCUCGAGGCCAAGCCAACCGCCAACCAGGCGACCAUCGACUACCGAGCCGUCGAGGACUUCCUGCGAGGACACGACAUCAGCUUCAAAGGGUCUAGUGGAGCACCCAACGAUCUGGACGUUCUUGGCGGUUUGCAAGACGCGCCUCCUCCGCCGGCCCCAGCGCCGCACCGCAGCGACAAAAGCGGCUCCGAACCGGCCCCCGAGUCUGUCGAGGCGGCCAUCAAGGACAUCCGGCUGACCCUGCAGCGCACGAAGGCGUUGCCCCUGAGGUCGCCGCCCGUGCCUGACACCCCUGGCGACGAAACCACAUGCGGCGGCAGCCCCAUUUGGGUGCCCAGGUAUGAACCGCCCUCGCCCCGGCCGCAAGUCCCUGUCCCGGCCAGCAACGGUCGAGCUUCGCCUCCGCUGCCGCGACGCCACCAGCAGCCCCAGCCGCCUCCACAGCCGCCCCCAGCCGCCCACCAACUCCUCACGCAACAACCAACAAGACAAAUAAACGUCACGUCGCCUCCAAUCGACCUUGAGAGCAGGAAAUCCGGCGCCGGCCCUUCAAGCGAUGAUGCUGCUGAUGAAGAAGAGCUGGACACAGAUUUGGAGACGGAUCGCCUGCUCGGCCAGCAGCGCACUGAUGACCAGGGCUUCUUCGACGACAAGGAGUGGCGCAGACCGAAGCUGCGCAGUGGCGUGGCAGCCACCAAGAGCAGCAGCCUCGCGACCAAGCAGCCGCCGCAGCCGUCGGCACCGAGUGUCCAGCACCAACCCCUCCCCACCACUGUCCCGAAUGCCAACGGAGCCUCUUCGGCUUCCCAAGGCAACGACUCUUCCGCCAACAACAGCGACAAGUCGCCGUCGCCGCAGAAAAACUCGUCAACUCUCAAUAAACCCAUUAAAAAGGAGAAGGAGGGCAUCAAGAAGAAGGGCAGGAACAAAGAAGACCUGAUGCGCGACCCAACAGUGCUGAUCGAGGGCGUGCUCUUCCGCGCCCGCUACCUCGGCUCGACGCAGCUCGUGUGCGAGGGCCAGCCGACCAAGUCGACCAGAAUGAUGCAGGCCGAGGAGGCCGUGUCCAGGAUCAAGGCACCUGAAGGUGAAAAUCAGCCAAGUACAGAAGUUGAUCUUUUCAUAUCCACUGAGAAAAUCAUGGUCCUCAAUACCGACUUGAAGGAAAUAAUGAUGGACCAUGCCCUGCGCACAAUUUCCUACAUAGCCGACAUUGGUGAUCUAGUUGUCCUUAUGGCUAGGAGGCGGUACGUUCCGCAAGACGUAGAGGAACCACCAAAAAUCAAUCGCACACCCAAAAUGAUCUGUCAUGUUUUUGAAAGUGACGAGGCUCAAUUCAUUGCACAAUCGAUAGGGCAAGCGUUCCAGGUGGCAUACAUGGAGUUCCUGAAAGCCAAUGGCAUUGAAGACCACAGUUUCGUCAAAGAGAUGGACUACCAGGAGGUGCUCAACUCGCAGGAGAUUUUCGGCGACGAGUUGCAAAUGUUCGCCAAAAAGGAAAUGCAGAAAGAGGUUGUUGUGCCUAAAGCCAAAGGAGAAAUACUGGGUGUUGUGAUAGUGGAGUCAGGGUGGGGCAGCAUGCUGCCGACGGUGGUGAUCGCCAACCUGGCUCCGAGCGGCGCCGCAGCCCGUUGCGGCCAGCUCAACAUCGGCGACCAAAUCAUUGCCAUCAACGGAGUCAGCCUCGUUGGUCUUCCGCUGUCCACUUGCCAGAAUUAUAUUAAAAACGCAAAAACUCAAACCGUGGUGAAACUGACUGUUGUUCCUUGCGCCCCAGUGGUUGAAGUCAAAAUCAAGAGGCCAGACACAAAGUACCAGCUGGGAUUUAGUGUGCAAAACGGAGUGAUAUGUAGCCUGCUUAGAGGAGGAAUAGCCGAGAGGGGUGGAGUGAGAGUUGGACACAGGAUAAUUGAGAUUAACAACCAGAGCGUCGUGGCUGUCCCUCACGAGAAGAUCGUCAACUUGUUGGCGACCUCUGUUGGAGAGAUCUUGAUGAAGACGAUGCCGACCUCGAUGUUCCGACUGCUGACUGGACAGGAGACGCCGCUGUACAUUUAGUGUGUCCUUCUGCGCGCCUUCUGCCUGUCCACCUGUGGUGCUGACUAUUGCCUGAUUGUGCCUCUGCCACUGGAACUGCUGCUUUGGGCAACCCCAUUUUUAUUAUUUCCUCCUCUGCCGCCAAAGAUAUUAAGAGCAGGCAACACAAUAUCAAGUUGAAUUUGUGCUGUUUCUAGUCAUAAUCGUGUCAACCUGCGCCACCGAGGGAGCUGAAAAAACGUGAUGACUUAACAUUUAGAUUACAUACAAAAGCAGUGCAUCGACGCUCGAGUGUUGAUUCUCGACUGAGUCAGUCUAUGUACGUACGUACGAGUCAAGCGUGUGCAGUGAAAAUAAUUCUCUGGUUUUUUGACAAAGAGGUUUUGAUAUUUAUCCCCACUCACAUAUGACAUCACUCUCGACUAAUGUUUAUAAAAAAACACACUCUCUGGGACCGUCCCUACUCGACCAGGCCAAUUUUUAAUUGAUUAAUUUUUAAACCAUUUCUCCUCUGCCGUAGCUUGAAUUCAACCGUGUGACUAGUCAGGUGUUGAGUAAUUGCAUUUAUCAGGUUAUUUGUAUUUUAAUUACCAGUGAGAUGAUUAUUUUUCGCAAAUUUAAUUUUUGAUACUGGCCUGCACGAAUGAAAGGGGGUCCCGACUUGAAACUGACACUAGCUGAGUGGAGAGAGAACUAUAUAUUGUAACAGAUAAUAAGAGGACGAGUUUGAGAUCGAUCGAUUGACAAUUCGUAAAUUGCGUAACUUUUUCAAGCGACAGAAAAAAAAUUUACAAGUGAACUAAUUGACACACAAAAAAUAUCAAAACUGCAAAACUGGUGAUGAGAUUUUGGAGUGUAAACAUUAAUGUCUCAUGUACUCUCAGCAGCUGGGACCAUAAAAAAUCAGCUAGUGUGUAUUUAUGUCUCGGCUAUUUAAGAAGAAAAAGAAAGAAAUGGUAACUAUGAAAACAACCAGCUAAAACACAAACUGUAUAUCUAACCUUUGUAGAGAAUUGAUCAGUGUAAAUAACUCAAAUUAAAGAUAAAAAUAUGUGAUUACAAGCAA